UUGUGCACUGGAAUAGAUACGCCUAUUAUGUCAGCACAGUUUGCAUUGGAUUAAUGGCCAGACCUGACCCCACCUGUGACCCAAGCUACAAUAGCCGACUCAAGGACAUGCUGCUAGAAACGUUUGUACAUUUCGUCAUACCCGAGAACGUGUUACCUAUGAUACUCAGGUACAACAUAAUCACAGCCAACGAUCAGGACUACAUCAAGGCGGUCACAAGAAGCAAUGGCACCAGUGCUGGAGCCGAGGCGUUGUUAGACCGAAUCAGUCGAUACCACAGGUGGUUUGACGUCCUACAGGACGUUCUCAGAGACGACAGUGUCAAGCUGGUUCAUGUGGCUGAUCAGAUGAACGUCAUCAAAGAAAAAGCCGAGGAACGUUACACCAAGAAAAAAUGUAAAAAGGGCGGAAUUUCUUUCCCUUUUAAAGUUAGAAAGAAAUACCCUUCCACACUGGAUGAAAAUGAUAUCUUAAAAAAACAAAUAAUCGAGCUGACAAGACAAUGUUCACUUUUAAAUAUUCAAGUCGAUGAAAGUAAGGCCGAAGCUAUGGAGGCAAAAGAACUUUAUGAGAAUAUGAAAGCUGAGAAUGAUCAGUGUAAAUUGGAAGCUACCGAAUUAAGACAACUUUACGAGAAGUUAGAUGCGGAGCUAAAAAGCAGGCAAGACAUUGAAGAAAGAGAGUUGAAAAAAUUGCGUAUAAAAAACGAAGAACUGAAGGAACAACUUCUUUUAAAGGAACAGUACUGCGCUGAGAGAGAGGAGGAGAUCGUUGACAUAUUUGCAGACUGCAGUAAAUUGAUGGAAGAGGUCAAAUCCAUGAGCUCUAUAAUAACUCAAAAAGACCGCGAGAUACGUCACCAGCAAGUAAUUGAGAGAAAGCUAAGAGUUACCAUAGAAAGUCUAAAAAAGACGCUUGAACUUGUAACACAUAAGGAAGAAAACGAAACGCACCAACGCAGGAGUAUACACGAAGGUUACGUGUCAUUAGAAGAAAUGUUAACAAUGGAAUUGUGCAAGCUAGAGAAAGAUAUGAAAGACAUUGAACUCGAUGACGAGAUCGAAGUUGAUGAACAAGUGGAUGCCAGUUCUGUAAUACCUGAUACAAACACACCACCAACGUUACCUUUUCGACACCCGUAUGUUAAUGCUGGAAUGUUGUCUUAGUAAUACAUUGUUACAAUGUUAUAUUUUUUAAUGCAUUUACCUAUUGAUAAUUGUUUGAUCAAUAAUUUGUUUUUUAAACUUGUUUAUAAAUAUAUAUUAAACAAGGAAGUAAACUAACAAGUAUUGACAAAAAUGGUAGUAUGUGGGUAUUUAUCAGUGUACUUGAGUUUUUGUUGAGGUAAGCGUCUCAAAACUGUUAAAUCUAAGAGAAAACGUGCAAAUAGACAAAAUACGUUAUUAAUUGUGGAAGUUAUAGAUAAAAUUUAAACGAUCCAUUUAAUAAAAUUACUUUAAUUUUGUAUACUACUUUGUAUCGAUUUUUGCUAAAUGAAAAAUGUAUUUGCAAACGCGUGUUCUAUUUUCUGACGAAGAUUCCCAUUCGUAGGUCUUUAUAUAUUGAUGAAUCAUUAUAAUUUUUGAUAAAAAAUAUACAGACCAAAUUAAAUAUUAAUAUUUUGAAAAGAAUUGUGCGUAUAAAAUAUACAUAUUUUUAUAUAUUAUUUUUUGUGUGUAUGUUUUAAGCACCUUAAGUAAUUAUUUAUUAAAAUGUUUUCAAGACAUGUAAAACAAAAGUAUGAGAAAUAACUGAUAACAAAAAAAAAAAAUAUUUUUGUCAGUUUGUUGGUAUUCUUGUGUGUCAAAUGUGAAUUUUGAAACUUUAAUUUGAAAACAAUUUACAGCAUAUAUGUUCCAUGAAGAAACGUGAUCUAUAUUAUUGACAUAUUUGAAAAAAAUCUAAUACUAAAUUAAAAACUGAAGGAAGA